AUGGGUGUCCCCAAGUUCUUUCGAUGGCUCAGCGAGCGCUAUCCCUCGAUAUCGCAGUUGAUCGCCGAGAAUCGCAUUCCUGAAUUCGACAACCUCUACUUCGAUAUGAACGGAAUUAUUCACAACUGCACACACAAUGAUUCAGACUCGCCGACGCAUCGAAUGUCCGAAGAUCAAAUGUUCAUUGCCAUUUUCAACUACAUUGAGCAUCUAUACGGGAAAAUCAAACCCAAGAAGCUCUUCUUCAUGGCUAUCGACGGAGUAGCUCCGCGCGCAAAAAUGAACCAGCAACGUGCUCGACGAUUUCGUUCUGCGCUCGAUGCCGAAGUUGCCAAAGAGAAGGCGAUCGCCCAGGGUAUUGAAAUGCCGAAGGAAGACGCAUUUGACAGCAAUUGUAUCACUCCUGGUACUGAGUUCAUGGCUCGAUUAACCAAGCAGCUGAAAUAUUUUAUCAGCAAGAAGAUCUCCGAAGACGUGGAAUGGCAAGGUGUAGAUAUUGUUCUUUCCGGCCAUGAAGUACCCGGAGAAGGUGAACACAAGAUCAUGGAGUACAUCCGUCAGGCGAAAGCCCAGCCGGGUUAUGAUCCAAACGUACGCCAUUGCCUGUACGGGUUAGAUGCAGAUCUUAUCAUGCUUGGACUUCUCAGCCACGACCCAUACUUUUGCUUACUACGCGAGGAAGUCACAUUCGGAAGGCAGGCACAGAAAAAAUCAAAGGAACUAGAACAUCAAAACUUCUAUUUACUGCAUCUUUGCAUCGUUAGGGAGUAUCUGGAGUUGGAAUUUCAGGAAUUGAAAAUGACCGAAAAUACUGGUUUCGUUUAUGACAUGGAACGAAUCAUUGAUGACUUCAUUCUUAUGGCCUUCUUUGUUGGAAACGACUUUUUACCAAACUUACCACACAUGCACAUCAAUGAGGGUGCGCUCGCAUUGAUGUUUACCAAGUACAAGGAGGCGCUUCCGAAGAUGGGUGGCUAUAUCAACGAGUAUGGCAGCAUUAACUUGCAACGACUUGGCAUUCUGCUUGAUCAACUAUCUGAAUUCGAGUUCCGUUUCUUCGAAGCCGAGUACUCUGAUGCAAAAUGGAUCCGCUCAAAGACUUCGAGCAGUGAUGCAAUCGAAUCAAAAGACAACCAAAAGUCGUUUACAAUCACCCCCUCACAAAAAAAGCUUCUCAAGGAUAUCAAACAAUAUGUGUUGAAUCGGCCUUCCAACAUUCAGCACGCUAAACCGUUGGACUUCUCACCGGCCCUUCCCGCUAGAGAUCGAAAAUUUGUCGAACAACUCGCAGACGACCUACGAUUGAUGUGGACGACAAUAACGGACGAUCAUGGGGAGCGUUUCAUCAGACUUCAACUGCCAGGUUCCACCGUUGCAACUGAGGGCGACGCUGAUGAGUCUGAAGAGUCCGAGGACGAAGAAGCUCUCAUGGCUCUUCGACGAGUGAUUAAGAGAUACGAGAAUGCAAAGGUGCACGAGCAGACAGCAGAAGAGGCUCAGAUGGCUGCCGAGCAGAAGUACGAACAGAAGUUUCAGGAAUGGAAGAACAAAUAUUACAUGGAGAAGUUUGGUCAUGGCCUGGAAGACGAAGCGGCAAUGACCAAGUUGACGGAGAACUACGUGCAGGGUCUUCAGUGGGUCUUAUUCUACUACUAUCGUGGUGUUGUAUCCUGGCCGUGGUAUUUUCAAUAUCACUAUGCGCCCAUGAUUUCCGAUGUGAAAAAAGGCCUUGGUGCGAACGUUGAUUUCAAACUCGGACAACCAUUCCGCCCAUUCCAACAGCUCAUGGGUGUGUUACCUGACCGCAGCAAAAAGAUUGUUCCUACGGCUUAUUGGGAUUUGAUGACAUCUCCCGACUCACCAAUUGUCGACUUCUAUCCUCGUGACUUUGAGCUCGAUAUGAAUGGCAAGAAAAUGGAAUGGGAGGCUGUCGUUAAAAUCCCUUUCAUUGACGAAAAGCGUUUGCUUCCUGCCAUGGCCACGAAGGAGCAUCUUUUAACCCCAGAAGAGAGGGCAAGAAAUGAAUUCGGUGUCACGUUGAAGUUUACCUACUCUCCGUCGAUUGAAUUCGUUUACCCUUCAUCUCUUCCUGGAAUCUUCCCGGAUAUCCCCAACUGCCAUUGUAUCGAGAACAUUUAUGAUCUCCCUACUAUGGACGGUCUUGAACAUUUUGUUGGACUUGUUGAUGGCGUUAAGCUCGGUGCAGCAGCUUUGGCAGGAUUUCCAACUCUUAAGACAUUGCCACAUGCCGGGCAACUGGCCUUUCAUGGCGUCAAUGUCUUCCAGCAGGAUAGUCGCAAGGAGAGUAUGGUCAUCACAUUACUUGGGCCAGAAGCGAGGUCCAAUGUUGAAUUGGCUAAGCAGAAGCUUGGACAACGCGUCUAUGUUGGUUACCCAUUCUUGCAGGAAGCCCUCGUCGUCCGCGUGUCGGAUGAAUUGUUCGACUACGUCUUGCCAGAAGGAGAGCAACAUAUCGUUUCAGUGCCACAUUCUGCACCUCAAAUAGAGCAGUGGGCUCGAAAGUCGGACAAAAUUGAGGGAUACUAUAGUAAACGCCUUGGAACGAUCAUUGGCCCGGUUGAAUCAAUGAUUCAUGUUCAGUUGCUCAAGGGUCUGAAAAAAAAUGAUGAUGGUGCGACAGUCAAGGAAUUUGCAGAUAUCCCAGGUCAAGAGACAGACUAUGCUUUGCAGCUUGUUGUUGAUCGGGUCGUCAGUGAAGAUGAAAGGUUCCUCGAGAGAAAGGCGCUGUCUAUUGAAGAAGAAUUUCCAGAGAAUUCGAAAGCAUUCUUCCUCGGAGAAUUUAAUUAUGGAGCACCAGUGCAGGUCACUUCUCACGAAGAUGGAAAGGUCCAUGGCAUGAUGAUUGCCAUUAAGGGUAAGGAGCCCGAUUUUGGUAAACAACAUGUUCGACAAGCAGAGAAAUAUGCGCCCUAUACGCCAUCUUUUGCUAUUGCAAGGAAUCUUCGCUUGAACCCUCUUGUCUUGGCAAAAAUCACCUCUUCAUUUUCAGUGACAAUUGAUGGUCAGCGAGCUAAUCUCGGCUUAAAUUUGAAAUUUGAAGCUCGCAAACUCAAAGUCCUUGGUUACUCUCGCCGAGGAGAAAGUGGUUGGGAAUUUAGUAAUAAGGCAGUUGAUCUUAUUCAGCAAUACAUGAUCAGAUUUCCCGAUUUCAUUGCUGGUAUUCAACGCAACCCGCAAGGCGACAAAUACGAGCCCACGGACUUCUACCCGAAGGAUAUCGCGAUGGAUAAAAUCAAAGAGAUCAAGGCUUGGUUGAAAUCUGUCGAAUCUAAACAUCUAGAGCGUGUCCCUCUUGAUGCUGAACAGCUCGAUUCUGACGUUGUGAAACUCAUCGAGGCUGAUGCAGAUCGCUUAGUGCAGUCGCAGUCCGCACCUGAAAUCAAGAAAAUAAAAAGUGUUCCGCGACAAGCACUAUUGAAACCAGCUGAUGUUGAACAUCGGCUUGGAAACCAGCGAUUUACCCUCGGAGAUCGUGUCAUUUAUGCUCAAGACUCCGGAAAGGUUCCUCUUGCUACUCGAGGAACCGUCGUCGGGCUGACUCGUACCCCUCGAACUGUCUUCCUUGACGUUGUGUUCGAUGCCCCUUUCAUGAGCGGAACCACACUGGGUGACCGCUGCUCUCCUUUCCGAGGGCAAACUGUACCCAUAUCUUCUGUCCUCAAUCUGACUGAUCGACAGCUUGUGGCUGGCUCCCGAGCUGCAACAAAUAAAAAAGCACAAAAGACACCAGCGAAUGUAGGUUAUGGGUCACCUCUCGGACCCGGCGGGUUGGGCCAGUUAAGGGAGGCUACCCCCCCCGCACCAUUGCGAGGAUCGUAUCGAGGUGCCAUUUCUGGACAGACAAACGGACGUGGUGCCCCGAGCUCACGAGGUGCUCGUGGCGCCCCGAAUGGAAUACCUACUCAGUCCGGUCAUCCUUAUCCUAUCGCAAAUGGCUUAGGAAAUGGCCAAAACUUCCGCGGGACAGGAGGACGUGGACGUGGACGUGGUGCACCUCGCGGGCAACACCAAACUCGAGGAGGCUAUACCUCCGUGGAGAACGGCCAUCAAGAUGAAGGAGCGAUUCGAAAUAACCCAGAUUUCCGGCCAAAGAGCUACAACAAUGUGCCGCCCCCAGCUGGCUUGAACAACGGAGCUGGGCGCGGAAGGCCAAAUGGAAACCGAGGAGGAAGCGCCCCUGGUGGUCGGGGUCGAGGUGCAGCUAGAGGAAGGAAMCCUGCGCAAGCCGCUGAUCCGGGAUCCUUGUACGAAGAUCAGGACAAGUGCGGGCAGUCACCCCAUUCUGUUGUGUCGAGAAUCACGAGGCAUUCGCCGUCUAUGUCACCAAUUCGAGAAGGUGAGACUGGAUCGAAAGAUUACUUCUCCGCUACAGCAGCAUCACGGGGCUCGCCGUCCAUAUUUCAUCCGGGUGUUGAGGAUCGUGACGACAACGGUGGCAAUAAUCACGUUUCUGAUUCACGACCCAGGCACGGAAGAAUGACUUCGGCACCGGAUUUCGAUAUGCGAGAUGCUCCGACAGGACCACGUGCGGACAGACAAAAUCAAUUCGGAGCUAAUAAUUCGCUGUAUCCAAAUGGCAGAGGUCGCAACAAGCAAAUGGGGAAUGAUAUGCAAGAUCCAGAUCACAGUAACAUGCCUCCGAAUUAUGCAACCACGCCUCAACGCUAUCAUCGAGGAGGUUUUCAAGAUCGUCAUUUCUCCGGUCAUGGUUCCGGCUUCAACGGUUCCGGUGCGCACCGAGGCAGAGGUCAUUUUAAUAGUUCCCAAUGGAUCCCGACAGGACCUCGAGACCGAGAAGGCCAGAACAAUUCUCCCAAAUUUCCCAGCCGUUCCGGUUCAAAUACACCGCAAUACCAAGCUUCUCAAUUUAACGAUCAGUCAUUAUCCGAUACCCACCAUGACGAUACUUCCAGAUAUCCAGGCGAUGAGAAUAUGGAAGACCGGCAUGCUCAGCCCAAUGCAGACUUUGAAGACGCUCAGAAUAUGCCGCCACCUCUCCGGGAACCUGCCUCGUCAUCAACUCCAGCCAAGGAAGGCGGUAAAUUCAGCUUUGCAUUCAAGUCUAAAGCGAUUCCUCCGCCUGCUGCAAAGCCUGUUCCCGAUUUGGCUCAGAGAAUGCAAGUUCGUGAACCGCCUCGAGGGCCAGCCCAGCGGACUCCUGAACAAUUAUCUCGCAAUAGAAUGUCUGGACCGCUACCCCCGCUAAAGUAUAAGCAGGAUCAUCGGUCAGAUAGGAGAGAUCGAGACAGAGAUUCACACCGUGGCCGAGGCAGAGACGAUCGACGAGAUUUCCACUCCAGAAACCCGCGCGAUUUAAGGAGGGACGACAAUCGAUUUGACCCUCGUGGAGCUCCACGUCGCGAUGAUCAGCGACCCGACUUUAGACAUGACCGUGACCGUCGCCGGGAUAGGUCUCCCGAACAAAAGAGACAGAAAAGGCUUGUUCAGCGCCUCAAACCUCGACGUAUCCUGCCAGAAGAAUUUCGAGAUUCGGACUCGGUAUACUAUCGUAAACCUGGUGAUGAAUCUGUUAUCGGUGCUGGCACAUAUGGAAAAGUGUUCAAAGCAAUACAUAUAUAUACACAGGACAAGGUUGCUCUGAAAAGGAUACGAAUGGAAGGAGAAAAGGAUGGGUUUCCCGUUACGGCGGUGAGAGAGAUCAAACUGCUGCAACAUCUCCGGCACAACAACGUGGUCAGCUUAUUAGAGGUUAUGGUGGAAAAGAACGAAUGUUUCAUGGUAUUCGAAUAUCUGUCACACGAUCUGACUGGUUUGAUCAACCAUCCGACUUUCACACUUACGGAAGCACACAAAAAGGACCUUGCGAAGCAGAUGUUUGAUGGUCUUCAGUACCUUCAUCAUCGGGGUGUGCUUCACAGAGAUAUCAAAGCUGCCAACAUUUUGAUCAGCAAUCGCGGUCAGCUGAAAUAUGCAGACUUUGGAUUAGCGCGUUUCUUUUCCAAAAGUCGCCAGCUAGACUACACGAAUCGUGUUAUUACGAUAUGGUAUAGACCUCCAGAGCUCCUUCUCGGAGACACCCGAUAUGGACCAGCGGUUGAUGUUUGGAGCGCUGCGUGUGUCUUCAUGGAGAUGUUUACAAAGAAAGCAGUUUUCCCCGGAGAUGGGAAGGAGCUCAACCAACUCGACAAACUCUAUAGCAGCCUUGGAACACCAACUCGAGCCGAGUGGCCCGGCAUCGUCGACAUGCCGUGGGUGGAGUUGAUGGGGCCGACAGAAAGAAAGAAACGAGUUUUUGAAGAUACCUAUCGAGACUUUUUGAGUCCAGGCGCGCUCGACUUGAUGUGUCAGAUCUUUCAGUAUGAUCCUGCCAAACGACCGACGGCGGAUGAAGUACUUGCUCAUGCAUACUUUACUUCUGAAGAGCCCGGUCCACAACAGGCUACUGAACUCGAGAAUAUUGAGGGUGAUUGGCACGAAUUCGAAUCCAAAGCGCUCCGUAAGGAGAGAGACCGAGAAGCCCGCGAAGCUCGUAAAGAUCGCGAAAAAGAAAAGGAAAAAGAGAAGAGAAGAGCAAGCACAGGACCUCCCCAGGAGACGGAACGUGAUGCGAAGCGACAACGCGUGACGGUUCGGAUCCUGAAGGCCGCGUGGUAUACAAAGGUCAAAACCCUCCUUGCCGGCAGCGCUGCCGCUCGUUUCCACGGCCACGACCACGUCCACCACCGGACACGAAAUGUAGAAAAACGCUACACCACCUCUGGCUUUGGAGGAGUUACUACCCCAACCGGCUCUGGCGACACCUACUGUGGCAACGUCGGCUCCCCCUAUGGCUCCAACAUGAUAGAAAUCACCGAGGACGAGCUAGCCGAUUACGAGUACACCAUCACUCUCAACGGCUCUUUCAUCCUGCAGGAAUACACCGUCUAUUUCUGGAACAACUGCAAUGAAGCAGGGCAACUUGCCGGCUUCUUUGACACUACCUUCCCUCUGACCGUGACUGUCCCUACGGGUGGUGCCGCUUACGUUGCCAUCGAUGUCGAUUCCCAGGGUGCCUUUGUCGGAUCUCCAACCUCUGUGGGUGUUCCCCGCGAUGCCACUGAUGGCAUUAUCACUGGUUUCUGGGGCGAAUGGGACUUUGACAACACCGCCAAUGAUGGUUGGAGUGGCUUUGAUGUCUCUGCUUUAGUGGCUUUGGAUAGUGGCGUCACUGACUACCCUGGGUUGGCGCUUGUUGGUAAUGGCGUGACUUCCUAUAUCACCAACAGUCUUGGAUCUGCGAGUAAUGCUUACAGUGAGACUAGCGAGGCUAGCACCGGCGGAAUUGGUGCUAACCUUGUGCCUGGUCCUGUUGCUAUCACUGCCUAUUUGGCCUACAACGGCCAGUCCGUCUAG